UGACAACGUUGGGGGUCUUGAGUGUAGGCCAAAAUGGCGCCCGAUGUUCGACUGUACAUCGUUUGCCUGUCGUGUUGACUUAGUUUUUCUGGUGACUUCUGUGUUUCCCCCUUUCCGAUCGGAACUGAUUCUUCACCAGGAAGUACGGAAUACUCGUAGCAGAGCUGGUUCGGGAGUUAUUUUGAGGAACUUCGCUGUAGAAAGCCGGGAGGAAAGAUGGGCGAGCCGACUAGUAACGUGAAAGUUGCUGUCCGGGUUCGGCCCAUGAACAGACGAGAGUUGGGGCUGGCGACUAAGUGCGUUGUUGAUAUGGAAGGUAACCAGACCAUCCUAGCCCACCCCACUACCAAACCAGGAGAGAGGAAGCCACCAAAGACGUUUGCAUUUGACUAUUGCUUCUGGUCCAUGGAUGAGACCAACACAGAAAAAUUCUCAAGUCAGGAAACUGUGUUCAAAUGUGUGGGAGCAGACAUACUGGAGAAUGCCUUCCAGGGUUACAACGCUUGUAUAUUUGCCUAUGGGCAAACAGGUUCAGGGAAGUCCUACACCAUGAUGGGUGCAGCAGACAAUGGUGGACUCAUCCCCCGUCUCUGUGUCACGCUCUUCGACAGUAUCGUCUCCAAGUCCAACGAAAUUCUCUCCUUCAAGGUCGAGGUCUCCUACAUGGAGAUCUACAACGAGAAAGUCCGGGACUUGUUGGAUCCUGGAACAACAAAACAUAACCUGAAGGUUCGCGAGCACAAAAUCCUUGGUCCUUAUGUAGAUGGCUUGCAAGUUUUAGCUGUGACAAAAUACGAGGAUAUAGAGAAGUUGAUGAAUGAAGGGAACAAGUCGCGUACAGUAGCGGCCACUAGUAUGAACGAAGAGAGCAGUCGGUCACACGCCGUCUUCAACAUCAUUGUCACACAAACACUGAAGGACCUCGCCAGUGGGGUGACAGGUGAGAAAGUGAGUAAGGUGAGUCUGGUGGACCUGGCUGGCAGUGAGAGGGCCGCGAAGACUGGUGCAGCCGGGGAGAGACUCAAGGAGGGGUCCAACAUCAACAAAUCUCUAAGUACCCUUGGGUUGGUCAUCUCCACCUUAGCUGACCAGUCUGCUGGGAAAGGUGCAAAGAACAAGUUUGUACCAUACAGGGACUCAGUCCUCACAUGGCUACUCAAGGACAACCUGGGAGGGAACAGUAAGACAGCCAUGAUAGCCACCAUCAGCCCUGCGCUGGAUAACUAUGAGGAGACUCUCUCCACACUCAGAUAUGCUGACAGGGCCAAGAGGAUCGUUAACCACGCCGUUGUUAAUGAGGAUCCUAACGCCAGGAUAAUCCGGGAACUCCGAGAAGAAGUGGACAAAUUAAAAGUCCAGCUGACUGAAGCAGAAAGUCUGAAGGCUCCAGACUUGAAGGAACGUCUGCUUGAAUCUGAGAAGUUGAUGAAGGACAUGACAACGACUUGGGAGGAGAAACUGGCCAAGACAGAGAAACUGCAUCAGGAGAGGCAGCAGGCCCUGGAGAAGAUGGGAAUCUCGGUGCAGACGUCUGGGAUCAAGGUAGAACAGGACAAGAACUUCCUGGUCAACCUGAACGCCGACCCCUCACUCAACGAACUGCUGGUCUACUAUCUAAAGGAUCACACCCUAGUGGGACGACCCGAUGCCCCCACCCCUCAGGACAUACAGCUGAGUGGGUUAGGGAUCCAGCCGGAACACUGCAUUAUCGACCUGGAGGGGGAGGAUGUCUAUAUCACCCCCAUGCCUGAAGCAAGAUGCUGUGUGAACGGUGACUGUGUGACUCAGAAGACGUUACUAAGAAAUGGGAACAGGAUCUUCUUAGGGAACCAUCACUUCUUCCGCAUCAACUGUCCCCGGUCUGGGGUCGGUUCAGUUGCGUCCACCCCCGAUGUAGAGGUCUCCCGUGCUGACUAUGACUUUGCCCAGAAUGAAGUCAUGAUGGUGGAGCUCAUGAAUGACCCUAUCCAGAAUGCCAUGAAGUCCCUGGAGUCCCAGCACGAGAAGGACAAAGAGGGAGCGCUGGAGAAACAGCGGGAGAUGUACGAGAAGAAGCUGGAGGUGCUGCGGCAGCAGCUGAGCUCUCCCGUACAGAACAAGCAGGCGGUGGAGUCAUUUGGCGGCCUGUCUCACGCCGUCAGUAACCCCAACCUGCACCCCAGGUACACACAGUGGGUGGAGGAAAGAGAUGAACUGUUCAGACAAGGCCUUGCCAAGCUGCGUGAGGAGAUAGUAAAGGCGAAUGCGCUGGUUCGGGAAGCCAACUCUCUCGCGCAGGAGCUGGAGAAGAUGACAGAGUUCCACGUGACGUUACAGAUCCCAGCCUCCAACCUCAGUCCUAACAGGAAGAGGGGGAUCAUUAUCAGUGAGCCAGCCAUCCAGGUGAAGAGGAAAGGGCGAAGCACCCAGGUGUGGUCCAUGGAGAAACUAGAGAACAGAAUCAUUGACAUGAGAGACUACUAUCAGGAGGUCAUGGAACAGGGCAGAGAGAUACAGGAUAUGGAGGACAGGGAAGAUCCGUUCUAUGAGUCCCAGGAGAACCAUAACCUGAUUGGAGUGGCAAACGUGUUCCUGGAGUGUCUGUAUCAUGACAUUAGGUUUGAGUACGCUGUGCCCAUCAUCAGCCAACAGGGCGAGGCGUCAGGAAGACUGCAUGUAGAGGUAGUGAAGGUGGCAGGCACUGUUCCAGACAGGCUCCAGGCUGAUGCCCACUCUGACGGCAGCUCCAGUGAGAGCCACAGCAGCUUCGAAAUUAUCGACCCGGAGGGGGAGGGGGCCCCGCUGGGUGGGCCGCUGACAUUCAGGUUGAAGAUCCUGGAGGCCACAGACCUCCCUCCCUCCCUGUCCCAUUUCGUGUUCUGUCAGUACACGUUCUGGGGACACCCCUCCUCUGUAGUGGUACCUCCCGUCAUCAACCCUGAGCUGCCAUCCUACCGGUCUGUCAAAGGCACCACCAUGAGGUUUGAACACUCCAGGGAGUUCACGGUAAAUGUGUCAGAAGAGUUCAUGGAUUUCUUGGAGAAUGGCGCGUGGUCGAUCGAAGUGUGGGGCCACAGGAGUGCAGGGUUCGAUUCCACCAAGCCAGGCUGGGAGGUGGACCACGUCUCACAGAAGGCAAAGUCCCUGAGAGACAGGUGGGGAGAGUUGAUCAGGAAGAUUGAGUUGUGGGUGGAGAUUCAGGAGCUGAAUGAACAGGGAGAGUACACACCUGUAGAACUGCAGGUGAAACCUGAGGUACUGACAGGAGGAGUCUUCCAACUCAGACAGGGCCACUCCAGACGUAUCCAGGUCAAGGUAAAACCUGUCCACAACUCCGGCACCCUCCCCAUCAUCUGUGAGAGCAUCACGUCCAUCGCAGUCGGCUGUGUCGCCGCGCGCAGCAAACUGCAGAAGGGGCUGGACAGCUAUCAGGAGGACGACCUCACACUGCUGAGGGAGCGCUGGUCUGAGGCUCUCAUGAGGAGGAGAGACUACUUAGACAAACAGAUUCAACAGAUGAUCAACAAGGAGUACAAGAGUGAUAAUGACAAGGAGCGUGAGGGGAGUCUGAUAGACCAGUGGGUGUGUCUGACAGAGGAGAGAAAUGCUGUCCUGGUGCCGGCACCCAACAGUGGCAUCCCAGGGGCACCGGCGGACUGGUCCCCUCCCCAUGGCAUGGAAAUCCACAUUCCUGUUCUCUUCCUGGAUCUCAAUGCUGAUGACAUGAGUACCCCAGGUCUGCGGGAGGGCCCACAAGCAGCAGGGGUGAACUCUAUACUACCCAAGGAACACGGGACCAAACUCUUCAACCUCCCCAUUAUCAAGUACAUGGAAAAGGACGAGCUGGAGGUUUGUGCUGUUGCAUCCUGGGACAGCUCCAUCCAUGACUCCAUCAACCUAAACCGCAUCACGCCGUCCAACGAGCGUGUUUACCUCAUCACCAAGGUGACGGUACGUCUCAGCCACCCCGCCUCCAUGGAACUGGUGCUGAGGAAGAGGAUCUGUGUCAACAUCUACAAGAAACAGGGCUUCAUGGCCUCUCUCAAGAAGAACCUGGACAUUGGGCAAAAGGAUAUGGUGACAGCUUGUGGCAUCACGUAUGAAGUUGUCUCCAAUAUACCAAAGGCAUCAGAAGAAAUUGAGGACCGUGAGACUCUGGCCAUGAUGGCAGUGUCUGGAGUGGACAAUGAAACAACAGAGGGAGAAUCUUACAUCGAGAAAUACACCAAGGGAGUGUCAGCUGUGGAGAGUAUCUUAGCACUGGACAGGCUUCGACAGGAAGUGGCAGUGAAGGAGACCCUAGCUGCCAUUGGGCGACCUCUGAGGAAGGUGGCCAGUGUGCCCAACAUACAACAGGCCAUGUCACGACUGGAGUCCCCUGGAAGCAGGGAUGAGGAAUAUGGAUCGCAUCUGAGAUUGCCCCGUUCAGAGAGCCAUGGGGACAUCAGCUCUUCCCUGCCCCUACAGCUGACAGAGAACCACUCCCUCCCCAACCAGCACUACCUGCACAAGGACAUGUUCAGACCCAGAGUUAAGGAGAGCAGCCGUGACAGCCUGGGAUCCCCCGACUACCCGCUGGGCAGUCCUGUCGGAGUCUUCCCCUUCGGAAGUCCCAAGGCAGCCAGCCCCAUCACCAAGUUCAGCAAACCUCUUAGGCCAGUUCUGGAGGAGUUAAACAAGGAACUCACACCACUGCUGGACAAGGAAAAGGAUGACAUACCACAGGAAGAUGAGAAAACGCCCCUAGCCACUGAGGAUGGGGCAUUUCGCUUCACAACAUCCGCUCCUGUCCAAAUUCCUGUUCCCAAGGAGAGCUCGCUUGACGCUCCACGAGGCAGCCGCUUCGAGGACGAGGAAAUCUCGUUGUCGCCCAUCUUCAUCCGAGUGCCGUUCCAAGAGCCGAGUCCGCAGGACCAAUCCGCCGACCGCGAGAAGAGAAUCUCUCUCCUCCUGGACGAACCAAUCGCAAGCUCGCCGCUCAGGAUCCGGGGAGAGAUGGCCCCGCGGGCGUCGGCUGCCCAGUUGUCACGGCAACCGCCUCCCCACCACAGCUCCUCUUCAUCCAGCAGUUCUGAUUCCUCGUCCUCUAACUCGACGGAGGAGGGAAGUUUAAGUGACCCCACCUCCCCCACCAUGUUUCUGAACUUGCAUGCUGACGUGCAGUCUCCGCCAAAGAGCAAGCGAGGCCUCAGGCACAUGGAUGAGAAAGAUAAUUCAGCUGUAGAGACAGAAAUCCAACUUGAGGAAGAAGUUGAUGUUAGACAAACGUCUGAUCUUGAUGUCCAUGAAGAGGACACGGGAAGCUCAGACAGUUCUGACUCCAGUAACUCCACUGAUUCGUUAGACACGUCGGAUGAUGAAGAUGAAAAUGAAACCAUGGCAACGCACUCCAUCAACAUCCCUGCCUCCUCCUCCUCCUCUCACCGUAACCCCCGGCAACACGAGGAGAACCACAGAGAAGAGGACUUUGCCGAGUUCGAGGCCUACAACCCCACCAAAGACCUGGACAUGUCCUUCGAGGUACCCGAUCAAGAGGAGAGUGCAGCCAGCCCGCCGCUGGAACAAGUGGCAAAGACUGACCUGGUCACGCCGGUUAGCGACGCAUCGGACGAUCUUCAGCGAGGCUCGACCAGAAGCGUGACUUCAAGCGGAUACGGUUCGCAAGCAGCCUCCAACCUUACACUCGCAGAUGAGGCUAUACUGAAUGACGGUGUCAAUGGACAGAAAGGGAAAGACGUGUCCACAGAUCUAGAAGACGCUGCUGCAAAGAUUUCCGACGACAAACGAGACACGUCCGACAGUGAUUUCGACGAAGACUCCCUGACUCACGACGGUGAUGCAUCUCAGAGUGAAGUUAGCCCCAGAUUGCAAAGACCAAACACGCUUCUGCUGGAUUCCUCUUGUAAACCGGAAAGAACUGACCAAGAAUCAGGUCCUGCUGUUGCUGAGGAUGUUGAUGUGAGUGAGCCAACGUUAGAUGAUGACACAAAUGUAGUCAUACAGCCAGAAAAUGAUGACAAUGGAGAACAGGAAAGAACUGAGCACACUGAAGCAGACCCUAAUGCAUCAUCAAGUGAAGGGCUACAGACACUGACUGCCACAGACACUCAGGUUCUUGAAGGCAAUGCACAGGAAGCUGAGAAACUUAAGUCCUUGGAAGACAACAAAAAUGAAGAUGAUGAAAUCACAGCAUCACAACCAUCAGAAGCAUUGAUCGCCGGUGAGGAUAGUUUGGAAUCUUCGGAACCUCUUACUCCGUAUCAGCCAGAACCAACAGUCGUGGAGGAACAACUGGUCGAAUUCCAGGAAUCAGUUUCCGAAACGAAACUCCAAGGAGGACCAAGCGAAGUCCAGGAAGAGCCAACAGAACUUCCAGAAGAAGAUUCAGAAGCACCAAGUGCUGAACUAAAGGAACAGUUACUUGAAGAAGAGAGAAUACACGAUGGUAUGCCUAAUGAAGAAGCGUCCACAGAAAAGCCUAAUGAUUUCCACCAUGAAGAAGCCAAUACACAGGACACGUCAACUGUAGUACUCAAUGAUGCCCAUCCUUCAAUUUCUUUGGAAGCCCCAGAGAAAUCUGAAGAACUUGCUGAAUCUACUAAUGAUGCGUCAAACAUCACUGAAGCUACAGCUCAGGCUGCUAAAGACGAACUUCCGGACCAGACUCUGUAUAAGGUAGACAGUGGGUACUACUCCCCUACAAAUACUCUAACCAGGGGGAAGACUAAAGAAGAGGAAGAGGAUGUCACACCGACGGAACAGACAAAUGCUUUCUUUGAGGAGGAGGGAGACUUAAGCAUAUCAAGCCAAGAGGUGCCUUCUUCUGAAACAGAGGACGGGGAGAAGACUCCAACGUUGGAGUCUCUCUCGCCACAUACCGAAAACUCCGGGCCAAGUACAGCAUGCGUGCAUGCGAGCUACGAGUCAGAAGAAGUGGACGAAGAAAGUAACACUUCUGCCGACAUGUCCUGCGAAGAACAGAGGAUAGAAGACAUUCCAAAAGCUUUGGAACCUCCACAGCUAGUCGUACCGGAAACGGAAAAUGAUGAAGAGCUCGCAGAAAGGACUGAGGAUCCUGAAGGGGAGUCAAACUCAGCCCUUCUAAACGCAGCCGAGACGAGCACCCCGGAUAACCUGUCGGACGCUGACGACAAUUUGAGCGUUUGUUCGGUGGACAGUAGACCAGACAGCAGAAGGGGGUCUGUGAUCGAGGUGCCACCGUGGUUGGGCGUGGGUGAAUACGUGGACGUCGGGAGGGACAAACACGGCGUGGUGAAAUUCGUGGGCGAGACGGAAUUCGCGUCAGGGCCGUGGGUGGGUGUGGAGCUGGAUAUGGAUGCUGGUAGGAACGAUGGUGAGGUGAAAGGUGUGCGUUAUUUCAAGUGUCGGCCCAAUUACGGCAUCUUCGUACGGCCAGACAAAGUCACCCAGGCCUCCAGAAGACGGUCUACAAGAAGUCGGCCAAGUCCCAGCUCAUCCAAGUCCACGUCGUCAAAGGGCACGUCGUCACAAGUUGGAACAAGUCCGGGGCAAAAGUCGUCACAGAGGGUGUCCGGUAGUAACACACUACCCAGGACAAAACGGAAAGAGAAGACAAACUCUUAGGAAGACUCUGUGUGGAUGAGGAUAGUUAAGUUUGGUGUUUAGAGUUAAUAUUAUUGAUGCAACACAAAGAAGU